GGGCCGAGCCGCCUGGCGGGAACGACCGCGGUGAGGCGCGCGGCCCGGCUCCGCGGCGGCGCUUCGGGGCCAGGUGCUUCCGGCUCCCACCGGACGGAGGCGGGCUCGGCCGUGGUCUCGCUCGGCCGCGGAAGUGUGCUUUAGCGCACCGGAAGCCACCUCGGGGGUGAGCCAUGGCGGGUUUGCCAGUGAGAGACCCUGCGGUGGAUCGUUCCCUGCGCUCCGUCUUCGUGGGAAACAUCCCUUAUGAAGCUACUGAAGAACAACUGAAGGACAUCUUCUCUGAGGUUGGGCCUGUUGUUAGUUUCAGAUUGGUAUACGAUAGGGAGACAGGAAAACCAAAGGGCUAUGGCUUCUGCGAAUACCAAGACCAAGAGACAGCACUUAGUGCCAUGCGGAACUUGAAUGGGCGUGAAUUCAGUGGGAGAGCACUUCGAGUGGAUAAUGCUGCCAGUGAAAAGAACAAGGAGGAACUGAAGAGCCUUGGCACUGGUGCACCUGUCAUAGAGUCACCUUAUGGAGAAAGCAUCAGCCCUGAGGAUGCCCCUGAAUCCAUUAGCAAAGCAGUUGCCAGUCUUCCACCAGAACAGAUGUUUGAGUUGAUGAAACAAAUGAAGCUCUGUGUCCAGAAUAGUCCCCAGGAAGCACGAAACAUGUUGCUUCAGAAUCCACAACUGGCUUAUGCUUUGCUGCAAGCACAGGUAGUGAUGAGAAUUGUGGAUCCUGAGAUUGCCCUGAAAAUUCUGCAUCGCCAGACAAAUAUCCCAACGCUGAUUUCAGGCAACCCUCAGCCAGUUCAUGUUGCUGGGCCUGGCUCAGGACCCAAUGUUUCAAUGAACCAGCAGAAUCCGCAGGCCCCUCAGGCUCAAUCUUUGGGUGGAAUGCAUGUCAAUGGCGCACCUCCUAUGAUGCAAGCUUCUAUGCCAGGUGGAGUUCCAGCCCCAGUGCAGAUGGCAGCUGCUGUAGCAGGACCUGGCCCUGGUUCCUUAGCCCCUGCAGGAGUCAUGCAAGCCCAAGUUGGAAUGCAAGGAGCUGGACCAGUGCCCAUGGAACGAGGACAAGGAACCUUACAGCACUCGCCCGUGGGACCCGCCGGGCCUGCAUCAAUUGAGCGAGUUCAAGGGCAGAGAACAUGGAUGAUAUGGGCAUCUGUCCGAGGCUCUACUCCCUCCCUACUGGUGUCAGGAGGCUUGGAUGGAAUUGCAGUCUUGCCAAUGCAAGACCCCAGAGCAGCUAUGCAGAGGGGAGCCUUGCCUACCAACGUCCCAACUCCUCGUGGUCUUUUAGGUGAUGCUCCCAAUGACCCGCGGGGAGGCACUUUAAUGACUGUAACUGGAGACGUAGAACCUAGAGCUUACCUGGGACCACCACCACCACCUCAUCAGGGCCCACCCAUGCACCAUGUUCCUGGUCAUGAAGGUCGUGGACCGCCUCCACAUGACAUGAGGGGAGGACCCUUAGCUGAGCCAAGACCUUUAAUGGCAGAACCAAGAGGACCCAUGCUAGAUCAGAGGGGCCCACCUCUGGAUGCCAGAGGUGGAAGAGAUCCCCGAGGAUUAGAUGCACGGGGGAUGGAGGCCAGAGCCAUGGAAGCAAGAGGACUAGAUGCCAGAGGACUGGAAGCCCGUGCCAUGGAGGCCCGUGCCAUGGAGGCCCGUGCCAUGGAAGCCCGUGCCAUGGAGGCCCGUGCCAUGGAGGCUCGUGCCAUGGAGGCUAGAGGCAUGGACACCAGAGGCCCAGUACCUGGACCUAGAGGACCUAUGCCUAGUGGAAUCCAAGGUCCCAAUCCAAUGAACAUGGGGGCAGUUGUUCCCCAGGGAUCCAGACAGGUACCAGUCAUGCAGGGAGCAGGCAUGCAAGGAGCAAGCAUGCAAGGUGGAAGCCAGCCUGGUGGCUUUAGUCCUGGACAGAGCCAAGUCACACCCCAGGAUCAUGAGAAGGCUGCUUUGAUUAUGCAGGUCCUUCAGCUCACUGCAGAUCAGAUUGCCAUGCUGCCUCCUGAGCAAAGACAGAGUAUCCUAAUCUUAAAGGAACAGAUACAGAAAUCCACUGGGGCACCUUGAAAGGUUCUCAAAAAUAGCUGGCAACAAAUCUGGAUAUGUAAUUCCAUAACAUUUUUGAAAUUUUGAAAACAUAAUGACGUCUGCAUCCGAACCUCCCCGGAUGAGCCAGAUGGUGCCAGGUGGAGGUCUUGCAUCGCCAUUGCUCCAAAGGAAAGCAGUUUAUUCUGUUGUCGUAGUGUGUAUAUUUUCUGUGACAUUAAAUAAACUUUGAACACAAGUUUAACAUACUACAAAUUGAUAUACAUAAUCGUUUUGCUUUUAAGAAGCUAACAGCAAGGAUGUAAGCUUAACUGUGAUUUCUAACGUACUGCAGUAUCAUUCUUUAAUCUUACAUUGCCAUAGCUCUAUUCUUACUUUAGCAUAAGCAUUUAUUCUUCUUAAUGAUACUUGAGAAUUUCUCAGAAACAAUGUUUUCAGGAACUUUGAUUUUUUGUUGAAUUUGCUUUCAGUAAAGUAAUAACACUUUACCCCUUGAAAACUUUCUAGAGUCUCAGAGCUUUCUGGGAGGAAAAAAAAAGCAUGUGGUUAGAACUAAAAAUGAUCAGAAGGCCAACAAGCGAAGAGCGUACCACAACGUGUGUUUGCCUCCAGAAAUGCCAGUUAUCCAAGUGUGUUGUUUGGUCAGUAGCAGCUGUGAACAUACAUAGGACAAAGGCUCUUCUGGCACUGGUUUGAGUGUGUGUCAACAAUGCAAAAGAUUGUCGUAAAGCUCUUCUGUCUAGGUAGCCCGCUUUACAAGUUUAAAAAGCCACUGGUUUUCCACAUGAUCACAUUUAAUAAAGAAAACCAAGUGAAUAAAAUAUAUUCCAAUCUUUCAGAAAAUCACAAAGCUUUCAGCCCUAUCAUCUUAACUAAAUCCAUUCCAAGAACUUCAAACAUAAAACCCUAAAACUUUGACAUUUUCAAGUCUUUUAAGAGGACCAAGUAUAGAGCACCGGACCGCAAACCGCCCCUUAUGGUUGCCUGCUUCUUGCCAAGUACGACCAACUUGGAAGGCGAUUAGUGCCAUUAGCCUGUGCUAACCUGCAGGUUGCCUUGCCUUUUGUUCUCCCACAGUGGCAUUAAGGAGGAACUUGGUUUCUCUCCACCAGUUCGACCUCAAGACAUUUGAAGAGUUGCCUUAAUAAUUAUUAAGUUUACUAGCAUUAAUUGUAAGCUUAUUUGUAUUCCCAGAUCCCUACCCUCUACAUUAGGAUUAUGGGCAGGUGAAUUAAAAUCACUACUUAAGGCAUAAAAAGCAUAGUAGUACAUUGCUUACAUGCCAAGAAAAAGAAAGCAAAGAUAUUAAAAUUGAAGGAUUUUUCUCCAUAUAUUUUUAAUGAAAAUUUGCUGGAUAUGUCAUAUUAUAACCUGUCAAGAAAAAUAUAAAACAAGCACUCCUGCCUGCCUAUUCUACUCAUGCCCAGUUCAAUCCUGAUGUUAAUUAUGCAUGCACUUCUUUGUCAUUACCUUUUGUGCCUCCUGCAGAAGCAGUCCUUGCUGUGUUGAUUUUGGCAGCUGUCUUGACUUAAAAGCACCAGUGUAUUUAGAUGCAGAGACCAAGAGCAAAGUAUUUCUAGUGAGGAACUUGGGUUUUACACAACCAAUUCCAAAUCAAGAUAAGUGAAGCUGAAGUGAGUUGGGAAACAGUUGUCUAGUAGAAACCAUGUCCUGGAAAGCCAGCACAUUUUCCCAAAGCCUCAGUAAACUUAAUUUGCUUAGCAGGCAUUCAGGUGAAUAAAUUGACAAGAGCAAUGGCAUCCCAAUUCAUCACUAUGGAAACACUCAUCAGUGGUUGGUUGGUUUGUUUGCUGUUAUUUUUUACUGUUGUAAUAAUACAGUUAGCUACCCCACGUUCAUGAUCUGCCUUUAUUAUGUUCAAAACUAGAUAAUUGAAAACAAAAAUGUGUUCACUUUUGAUUAAUUAAUGGUACAAAUUAGAUGGUCUAGUGCUAACUCUAUAGAUUCAUUCUGCUAAAUGUCUGAGGUCAACUGCCUGAGUACAAUGAAGUGUGGAGUUUUCUUUCUCCCUGAAGAGCCUGCACCUUUGCGUGUAAUUCACCUUAACUAACAUCCCAGAGCCAGUGUGCUUAUUGUCCUGGUUGAUAGGAAAAAUCAACAUUUUUGUAGGAAAAAGAAUGACAUUUAGUGAAUGAUUCCUGAUUGAGUAAGACCUGGAAAAUAGCCAAAAUUAUAACUUUUUUUCUUUUUAUAAUACAUUCAUUAACAAACUCCUUUAACAACAACAACAAAAAGCAUAAAAGAGCUUCAGUUCAAUUAUCCCAUGAUGUACGUCAGGCCUUUCCAGUUAUUCCAAACAAUACAAAGUGACAAUAUAGUUGGCUUCUAACUAUAAUACAAAUUUGAUUACAGUUAAUAUACUUAAGAUAUUACUAGGAAAUUGUUCAAUAAACAAAAAGGAAAGUCAAUUAUUUUGACAAAGUAAUGUGUAAAUUGUUGGUCACACUGGAUUAGCUCAUGUGUAACAAUGUACUUAGUGGGUGAUAUGGGAGUGGGAAGCUUGGUCGUUCUAUGUUGUUUAUUUAUGAUUGUUGUUUUGUCGUGGAUUCAAUAAAUAUUUUAA